UUAAGUUUACAUAUUUAUAUUUAGGGGUUGUUUUGCACGUAAUACUCAUCUCUAGUUUGAAGUUAGUGUUUAUGUUGUUUAUAAAAUGCACGUGGUGAACAAUGAUUUUGUUACGUGUUAAGUGAUAGAAUAACAUUUUUCCGAGUCAUGUCAACCGAGAAAAAACGCAAAAUCCGAUGUCUGGUUGCUUUAGGCAUCGAUCCAUCAUUACAACGGGAUCCUAAAAAUGACCCCAGGCGGAGGAUUGGGAAACUCCCAAAACGUCCAUCUGGCAAAAGAACCUCCUUCUUUGGCAUAGAAACGAACCCAGAGCUUGUUUGGCAGAACUGGGAAGAGGGAAAGGAGUACAAUAAAACCUUAGUGUUAGUGAACAUUCAGAACAAGCUCCACAGACUUCAUGUCAGACCUCCAGUGUCCAAAUGUUUUACUACAUCUAUUGCUCCAGACAUUCUUCUCAGUCCGGGGACUUCUUUAUCCAUUCAAAUUACAUUUACACCGAAAGAGAAGUGUCAGUAUGAGGACAAAUUAGAAUUUCGAUGUAAAGAUGGCACCUUCCGUGUACGCCUCUUGGCACCUGUUCCUGUCCAUGACCUGGAUGUUCCUGACACUGUUGCGCUCCCUCUCUGUGCUGUUCAGCACUCGUCACAAACUACUUUUCUCCUGAAGAAUGCCAGUAAACUCCUGACAUCGUUCCGGUGGGAAUAUGAGGCACCUUUCCAGCUCAGUCCUGAGCGUGGCCUGUUGAACCCCGACCAGGAGUAUCAGAUGACUGUGGUGUUCCGUCCACAGGAAGCCCAGUCGUACCAGAAACCAGCGACCUGCAACUUUGGAGAUGAAGGACGUGAAGAGAACUGUUGCACUCUGCUCCUGCAGGGACAGGCCAAAAACACGUGCCUGCAGCUGAGAGGGGCAGGAGUGACUGAAAAUGAGAAAGAACAUGGACAUCCAGUCCUGCUCUUUGGACCUGUUGGUUUUGGACAAAGUUUAUUGAAACACUUUGAAAUCUUUAACCCCUCACCUGUAACUGCAGCUUUUUCUUUGUCCCAUCUCUCUGGCGGCUUGUCGUUGUUGGGGUCAGUGUUCAGCAGUGAUGUCACAAGCGGUGAGGUGCCACCUGGUGGAUCGCAACGAGUUGGAGUCACAUACUCACCUGUGGUUGUAGAUUAUGUUUCUGUGGAGUACUUAUCCCUUAAGUGCAGAGGUGCACCCAUCGAAACAUUGAUUAAACUCACUGGAAGGUGUACAGGUCCUAAGGUGUCCUUGUCCAGCUCCACACUCAACUUUGGUUUUGUCAGGAAAGGAGAAGCCGUCAAACAGACACUCAGGCUGCAGAAUUCUUCUUCUGUCGCCACUGUCUACCAGUGGGACCUUGACUUUAAUGGCCACAGUGUUUUCACUAUACAACCAGCAAGUGGCACUGUGCAGCCACAGAACCACAUUAAACUGACAGUGGUCUACAGGCCAACACAGACCAUCUUUCACUACAGGAGAGUGACAUGUCUCAUACUUCAUGGGGAUCCUCUCUUCCUUGACCUGAACGGUAGCUGUCACUCUGAGGAGAACCCUGCUCCUGUGGUCCCACCUCCAGACUCUUGUGAUCAGAGACUGCACAGAAUCAGGAGUGUGUUAAAAACUCCCAUGGACGAAUUCUACCAGUGUUACACCAGAUGUAUUCCGUCUCCACAUGUGUGCGUGGCACCCAGUGAACUGCUGUUUAAUCAGAAAACGACCAAAUCUGUGGUAACGUCAUGCAGCUCCACUCAGUCUGUGGCCAUCACCAACCACACCAGAAAGAAAGUCAGUCUGGUGUGGACUAUUGCCGAGGACUCGCCGUUUUCCAUCUCCCCGGUCUCGCAGGACUUGGCUCCACUCAAAGCCACGUCCUUCAGGGUGACCUAUGACCCCAAGGAGCCUAACACUUUGCAUGGAGCACAGCUCGAAUGCUUUGCAUUUCACAAAAUGGAUGAUCCUGACCUGAUGGACCAACUGUUUUGUCCUUCUUGGUGUAUGACGGUGAGAGUCAUCGGACACUCGUUUCAGCCGACACACAAACCCUUUGAACCUUCCUGCUCACUGGAGCCCCCUUAUGUGGUGUUUCCAGGACUGAACGCUCUGUCCUAUCGUAUGGUGCUCCUCAGGAAUAUGGGCGACUUGCCCCUCACUUUCUCUCUGGACAACAGCUCAAAAAAUGCCUUGACAGAAUCGGUUUCUGUUAUUCCAAAGUGUGGCCUCAUUCAGCCCAAGAAUUACCAGAUCCUGACUCUCAGAACUAAGCCCACUGAGGACAGUCCUAACGAGGGCUUUGGUUUACAGCUGCAGCUCAAUGCAGCCAAAUUCACAAAGGAGCUCAUGGUUGUCAGUGCGAUUGAAAAGCUCAACUUGUUUCUGGAUGGAGAUUGCAGAUUGAAUUUUCCACCGACAUCUAUCGGCUCCAUAUGUCGACGCUUCCACAACAUGAGGAACCUCAGCUGUAUUCCUCUUCGGUUCCAGUGGAGCAUUCCAGAGCAGGACCAGGAGCUUAUCUCUGUUGAGCCAGAUGCUGGAGAACUGAAUCCUAAUGAGAUCUCGGUCCAGACCUGGUCAUUUCGUCCACCUUUGCAGAACACGUACACACUAGAACCUACGGUGACUUUCUGGCCGGUCCAAAGUGACGGACGUAGCCAAUCAUAUCUCACCCUAAAGGUUGUGGGAGCAGGUGCUGAAGGCUUCAUAGAGGCCAUGGAAACAGUCCUGGAUGUUGAGGAGACCCUCAUUGGAAGUUCCUCAUCUGUUGAAGUUCCUUUGGUCAACAACAGUCCCUGCUCCCUGUCCUUCUGUCUCUCCGUACACCAGACACUUCUGGACGAGGAUCUGGAGUACGAUCCUGAGACUGAACCAGUGGCUCUUCAGCUGGACUGUGGGAGAGGAACUAUUGCCCCUUACUCCACAAUGCUGCUGCGGUGUACAGUCCGACCAUACAGAAGAGCCCAGUACCUGUGUCAAAUCAGCUACCAGACCCUGAAUGCCAGUGACUGUGCAGUCUGCCCUCUACAGGAACUGUGUGAAGUGCGGGUCAGGGGUGUGGUGCCCACCCUCCAGGUCACUGAUGUCUAUGGCUGUGGCAGCAUCGACAGAAUGGAAAAAAGGCCCCUCUGGAAACUGUUGUCUUUGGACGGUCUCAACAGCCAACUGUUGUCCAUCCCCACUGCUGCCGAACUCACUUAUGGAAUCCCCAACAAGCACUGUCUGGGCAACAUUCCCACCACCGACUGCACCAUCUUUGACUUCAACUUUAACGCAGCUCCCAUGAACGCAGCUCCCUCCUCGUUUUUGCUGAUGUUUCACAAUCCUGGUUUCUACCCUGUUGAUUGGGGCUUCCUGUUUCCAGACAGACAACAAAUGUCCCAGCUGGACUACUGGACGGAAACCGGUGCAUUUAGCAGCAGCGAGCUAACUGACAUGAAGGAUCAAAACAAGAAUUUGUUCAGCAUUUCUCCCCUCUCUGGCACGUUGCUCCCAGGCCAAAAGAAGGCAGUGCGUUUCUGCUACAGCCAUAAUGUUGUUGGGAUGAACCGGAUCCCUGUUGUGUUCACACAGUGUCAUGGAAGAGAGAUCUUGCUCAUCUUCAAGGGCCUGACGGUGGACAGAGACAAACCUUAUCUCCACUAUUCGUCCAACAAACAUGUCCUCACUGCAGUUUCUAUUGCCAACAGUUGUCCUCCACGGCAGGUGUUGAAGUUACAGAACACAGGUGCAUUGCCAGUGCAUUAUGAAGUGGACACAGAUGUGCUGUUAAAGCUUCAGAUGGACAACUUCAACCAUGCAGUGUUGACCUGCCUCAAUCCAGAGGGACACGUCCCUGCUGGACAGUCCGCCAUGGUGGAAUGGAUCUUUUCUCCUCUAGAGGCGAAACUGUACAGCAUGGAAAUACCUAUUCACGUCCGUGAUGGAGACACGACACUGCUGACGUUUGAAGGAACUGGAUUUGCUUCACACAUCGCUGACAGCCCAGAGACCUUCUACUGCAGCGACGUUGAAGCACCUUUACCCUGUGUCCAGAGGAUACCUUUUCCAGGACAGGUGUUGUUUAUGUCCGAGGAAAGCAUCUCCCUCGGCAACAUCUGCAUCAGCUCACAGUACUCAACAAUACUGUUCCUCACAAAUGUGUCGCCCACUGACUCCAUGGUGUACACAUGGGAGGUGCCCCAGCAGAACAAACAGGAGGUGGUGCAGAUUCGUCCAAUGCAGGGCAGUGUGUCUCCAGGGGAAAGUGCCCUGUGUGUGGUCACCUUCACUUCCACUGACUACCCUACGAUUUACCAGCUUGAUGUGGUUUGUCAGGUUGUCUUGGAAGUAGAACAGAAUAAGUAUCUCAGAGCUUUGCGUCGCUGGGAGGAAGAAAUGAGGAGAAAGGAGGAAGAUUUCACCAUCACAGACAGGAAGGAGACUCGGGCCGAACGGGAGAGGAAAGCAAAACUAGAAAGGCAGCCUAAACCCCCGCUUCCUUCUCUGUUGCAUCUGGAGGUUACAGCGCUGUCCCACAGGCUCCAGCAGUGCAUGCAGCCACCUUUGCCUCCAUCUGAAAACUUAUUUCCCAUAACUUCACACCCUGAGAAAGAACUGGUGGUGGACCUACUGAACACCAUGCUCUGGAAUAUUCUUCAGGAGUUAGACUACACAACGUUGGAACAGCUGAGCAAACCAGCGAAUCAUAUAGAAAACAAACUCCAACCACAAUUCCUUCAGAACCGAGCGAUGGCUGAAAUGAGUAAAAAUGUUUUGUUGAACACACUCCAAAACCUGAUGAUGGAAGCUGUCAGAGGAGAGCUGGAUCUCACAGCGCACCCACGCGCCAUUAGUUUACCACCUGCUUUUAACAGGAGGAUUUCCAAGACCCUGACCAAGAUGGAGAACAGCAAAAAGGAUUGACGUCCUAAUGUCAUAGACACUAAACAAUAACAACUUAACAAUUCUCUGUCGACUUUAUCACCG